GUAACGACGAUUACUGUCAAAGUGUUUUAUCGUCGAGUGAAAGAAAUCGUGGACAGUUGACAAGAGUGUGUGUAUUAGUGGCGGAUAUCCAUAGCAACGAGAAGAAACGAUCGGUGGAGGGGCAUGGUGGGACCCCACCAACCAGGGCCACAGGCCCGGGUGGCCCCCCUGUAACGAGGAAAUCUCUCGCUAUCGUGCCGCUCGUGCUCCAUUAGACUGCCUGGAAUGAUGCAGCAAAAAUUCGUGAAGAGGACGGCCGAGGAGUUGGAGCCAGCCGGCGGUGGUAGCGGAGACGGUGGCUUCGGCGAGCCCCCGGUGAAGCUGCAAUGCACGCAGGCACAGCAUCAGCAUCAGCAGGGUCCCGGUGGAGGUGGCGGAGGUGGGCCUCAUCACGGUCACGGUCAGCAUCCGUCUGGAAACGGCGCGAACUCCACCGGUUCGACGCAUGGCGGCGGUGGAGGUGGCGGGGGGGGGGGGGGAGAGGGACUGACCAAGUUCUCCGUGGAGAUCGUGCAGCAGCUAGAGUUCACCACGUCCGCGGCGAACUCGCAGGCCCAGCAGAUCUCCACGAACGUGACGGUGAAAGCACUGACCAACGCGUCGGUGAAGAGCGACCUUCUGAACGCGUCAGCGUCGCCGAAAUCUGGCCCGGACACUCCAGCGUCGGCCACGUCGAGGCCUCAGACCGGAAACGGCGGUGGAGGUGGACCGGGGAACGGCGGAGCGGGCACCGGUGGUCCAACCGGCGGCGGAGGAAUCGGUUGCGUCGACAUAGGCAACUUAGUUGAGUGCAAGCAAGAACCGGACAACGAGUUCGUCGAUCUCGAACAAUGCGCCGCGGCGCUGGAGAAAGACGCCGCCGCGAACGGUGCAGGUUUCCCUGGAUUCUCCGACUUCAUGGGCGACGACACAGGCGACGAGAUCAUCACCUCCGACGCGUUCAAGGAUCUCAUCUCCGAGAUCUCCGACUUCCAUCCGGAGUUCAUGAAGGACUUCGACUUCGAGGAGAAGAUCCCCGUAGACGCGCUGGCUAACAACGCGGCAGUGGCCGCGGCCGCGGCAGCAGCCGCCAACAACAACAACAACAACAACAACAACAACAGUAUCGGGACGAACAACGGUCAGAUCAAGAUGGAGGACGACAAGGACUCUAUACACCAGCAGCACGGGAACGCGAAUAGCAAUAGUGUGAAUAACGGUACCGCCACGAACAAUGGUAACGCGAACGUGCCCGCUAAUUCGAGUCCAGGUGCUCUCGGCUCUGCUCAAUAUUCACCAGCUAGACUAACGUAUUCCGGGUUGGACUUCAAGUCCGAAAUGAGCCCAGCUGCUCAGACGUUGAAGCAGAUGGCCGAGCAGCAUCAACACAAGAGUCAACAGCUUGGUCUUGGCGGGUUUAAUCCUGGCGCCGCUGCGGCUGCAGCUGCUAGAGGACCUACCGCUCGUUCACCUUACGCCGAGUUCCCGCAGUUCGGCGGCACGUCCGACUAUUUGGGCAGUCCCGGUAGCAACGGUCCACCUGGUGGACAAUCUCAGGCAACUUCUGGCACCGGAUCGUAUCAUAAGAACAACGGUACGUCCGGAUUCCAAGCGCAACAGACUAACGACAUGUUCGUCGGGUCGCAAACUCAAUUUGCCACCGGUCUGGCGGAUAUGAAGAGACCACAGCCGACCAGCGGUGGGAAACCAAGUAUGCUUGGACCAAGUGGAGGAUAUAAGCAGCAGUAUUCGCCUUACGGUAGUCCAGGAUCAAUGCCGAAUCACGGCAGCCCUGGUUAUCCACUUCCACCGAGAGGAUCCCAGGGUGGUGGACCCAAUCAAACCGGCUCACAGGGACCCUUCACUAGCUCCACGCCACCGAGACCUCCCUCGGGACCAGGCACCUCCACUCUGCAAAUUAACCAGGCGCAGCAGCUACACAUCAACAAUCCGGGACAUCAGAUUCAGGUGUCAGCAGGUCAGCAUAUGCAGCUCACAGGCGACCUGAAGCCAGGCGUGUCCGUGGCUGCCCAGCAGGGCAUGUACUUCAAUCAGCAGCAGAAUCAAAAUCAGACCGGGCCCACCGGCCAGACGGACACGUACUGCUCCGUGUCACAGUCUCAGACGAUCAAUUUCACGCAGCAGAGCCUGAGACAGAGGGCUGCGGCCGCCGCGGCGGGCGGCGUCCCUCAACCUACCGGCGCCGCUGGUGCACGCAACCACCCUCAGCAAGUGCCGCCGAAUCAGGUGGAUCAACAUCAGCACGCGAAGAUCCUUCAGCAACAGCAACUGAUGCGCGCCCAGCAGGUGAUGCAACAACAGCAGCACAUGGCCGGAGGAAUGGGUGGCGUGAGACCACCGCCUCCCGAAUACAAAGCGGCUCAGGCCCAAAUGAUGCACGCCGGUAUAGGCAUGGGUCAACAGGCAAGGUUUCCCAAUACAGGGCCUAUGCGUAGGGUGACACAACAACCUAUGCCACCUUCAGGUCCAAUGAUGAGGCCGCAAAUGGCGCAACAGCAACAACAGGCGUUACAUGCGGCCGGUGGCAACAUGUACAUGGGUGGCGGCGGUAUGGCCGCGAUCGGCGGCAUGCAUCAGAUGCAUCAGCGCCUCGGAUAUCCUAGGACUAAUAAUCAACGGCCGCCUAACGUCAGCGUCGGCCCGCCUGACGGCCUUGGGAAUAGCAUCGCGGGCCGCGGCGCCCAGCAGGAGUGGCGACACGUUCUCAUGCAGCAACAGGGCUUUCAGGCGCAGAUGCGAUCGCAAUUCAACCAGCAAGGUCACCAAGGUGGAUUCGGUAUGGGUGGCACGGGCGGUAUGCAGAUGAACGCCGCGCAGAUGCAGCAUCAACAGUUGAUUCGCACGCAGAGCGGAGGGAUUGCUGGCUCCGGUAUGGGCAACAGCACUCAGAUGCAGCAGCUACUGUCGCAGCAACACCAGCAACAGACAUUAGCCAUGCAGCAGAGUAAUAAUCAGAUGUCACUGCAGAUGCAAAUGUCGCAGUCCUCAUCAGUCAACUCUGUCAGCAGUACCGGAACCGGUUCCCCUCUGCACCCGCACCAACAGUACGGCGCCGGAAGUCCGGGUGUGCGCAGCCUGCCGCAGCAGCAACAGCAACACGCGCAACCACCGGCCACCACUACGGACCCAUCCGUAGCCGCGGCUGACUUUAGCCUCGAAUUUCUGGAGAACCUGCCGACCGGAGACACGUCGAACUUCAGCGCUCAGGAGUUGCUGAAUUCCCUCGACUCCACGGCGGGCUUCAACCUCGAUAUUCUGUAAGACCACGCCUAUCGCGGUCUAUUCGGAAAAUCGGAUUUUAACACACUCGAUGACCGGUUUAAACGGAACCAACCAAACGUAAACAUUCUGAGAACGAUGCUGCAGAAAGAGAGACACUAGGAUCGAUCA